CAUGUAUUUUUAUUUUUACCGCUUCUGGUGUUUUCAUUUUCAUUUCAAUUAAAUUGUUUGUUUUCCUCUGGAAUUUAAUUUUGUUUUAAUUAAUUGUUGUUGAUUAUUCUUUGACAUUCUUUAUCUUAUUGUGGUUUGUUUUCUGGCUUACUUGAGAAGAAUACUGAUCAUGGAGAUUGAAGAUUCUCGGGUUAAGUUGUACCGGUUACAUACCAUCAUGUUGGAAAAUCGCUCCUUGCGUAGAUUAGUUAUUGCUUCCAGUGGACAAUUUACACUUUUCCAGAAAGAUUUAGAUACAACUGAAGUCACCUCUAGAGAUGUUAUUCUCAAAAAGAGUCGUGUUUAUCGAGCGUUAAUUGGUGAAAGUUUAGAAGAGUUAAACGCAUCAAAAUCUGAAGAUGGCGAUUCUUUGGAGGCUAAGGAUAUGCUCUCAAAGAUCCAUGUUCUUUGGCAUCUUUGUGAAAUUCUUUACAUUGAUAUUCUUGCUCCUGGAUUUCUGGUUGACCAGUUACUGGUUUGGAUUAGAUAUCAAUAUCCUGAUAUUACUUCCGAUGCUCAUGCUAUGAUGCUCACAAAAAAUGUUCACAACCAUCCCGAUUAUUGGACUUUAUUGAUGAAGUUUGUCGCCCGAGGUGAAGUUAAAAUGGCUUCAAACCUUCUCAAACUUCAUCCACAAUUUGAAUCGAAUGAAAACUUUUACCUCAUCCAGACUCUUAUGGAUAAAAUGCCCCAGUUCACAAGAGACUCAAUCAAGUAUGAAUUUUUCGCUAAAUGGCAAGCCUGGAAUGUUCAAUGUAAAUCCCAUUUCAAAAAGAACGUGUUCACUUCACCUGAAGAAAGAAUAAUCUUGGGGCUUUUGUGUGGAGAUUUUUUAACAUUCUCAUCAAACAAGCAUCUCUUCGAGUCGUGGUAUCAUCUUAUGGUCGCUUUCCUACACUUUGCCGAUCCAUUGAUUGCCGAAAUGGAUGUACCAUCAUUAGCCCAUCAAAGUUUAACAACAUUUUUAGAUAUUCGUUCAGAGCAUCAGGCAACAUCCUUUGAUCGAGCUCUUCUUUCAGCAUUUUCUUAUGACCUAAUGGCUGUGGUUCAAGAAUCUUGUUCAUUCCAAGACAAUUGGUGGUUUUUAACUCAUUUCCUUGACCUUCUUUACCAUGGUGGAAUCUUGAAUACAAAUGAAAUAGAAGAGCCUAAAAAAUUGAAAGAAUUUUUCUUACUUGAUUAUGCUGAUUCUCUAAUGGGUGAUUCUGAACUUUGGUCAUGUGCUGUUGAUUAUUUCGCCUUUUGCCCUGAGCUUGGAUUAGAAUCGUUGAGAUUACAUUUACAAAGAAUUCCUUUGGACUCUGAAGAGACUGCAUUCAAAAUAAUCGCUUACAGUGAACAGUAUCACUUUGAUGAUGUCACUCGAAUUGUUUCCCUGGUCAUUGCUAAUAAAGCCUUAGCCAAAAAUGAUUUAGGACAAGCCAUCACUUGGUCGGCUCGAAGUAAAAGUCCAGUUUUAGCUUCUCACAUAGCCGAUAUUUAUUUGAAACAUUUUGUGGAGAAACACGAGUUUCCUGAUGAAGAAGCUCUCAAAUCUCUUGGAAAUUUAAUGUUAACAAGCGAUAGACUCACUUUUCUUGCCAAAUAUCAUGAAUUUGUCGAAUUAAAGAAACAAGGAUCUCUUCAAGAAGCCGGUGUUCAAUUGGAAAGUUUAAUCGCAUCCAAAAUAGCUCCUAGUUUCUUCAUUCUCACCCUUUUAAUGGAUGCUAUUCCUCUUUUAGAUGCUGACAUGUUGACUCUUAAUGGUGAUCAAACAUUUCAAAUUUUGAUGGCUUUAGAUAGCUAUUUAACUCUCCUCAAUAAACAAUCAAUUGACGAGGAUCUCAAAGACAAAGAAAACUCCCUUCGACUUGCCAUCGCUCGUAACAUGGCCCGAUCCAUGGUUUAUGCUUCGUAAGAAUUGUUAUUAAAUAAAUUCUUGUUCAUCAAAUUUAUUCUGUUUAUAUUUCCCAAUAAAAAAAAGUGGAAGAAUUGAUUUGGUAUAAAUAUGAUAUUUCGAUCAUUUUAAACACAUUAAAAUUCGUCCUCUGAA